GUUUUUUGUUAAAAUUAAGCCCGCUAAUGGAGAAGAUGCCCCGCGAAUACAAACAAACAAACAAGAGUACCGUGUCCAUGGCAUCUCCGUCAAUGGUGAAUGGUGGAAUCUCCAAUGUUCAAUCAAUUUAGUAUAUUCAAAGCGAGAGAGAAAAAGUUGGUUAUCAAAAAAAAAUGGGGAGAAAAGAAGAUGAUGGAGUAGAGAGAAUUGAAGGAGGAGUAGUGGUGGUGAACCCAAAGCCACGGAGAGGAAUAACUGCGAAAGCCAUAGACUUGUUGGAAUGGGGAAUCGUCAAAUUAAUGCACGAUUCCUCUAAGCCACUUCACUAUCUUCAAGGCAAUUUUGCACCUACCGAUGAAACUCCUCCUCUUAAUGACCUUGUUGUACAAGGUCAUCUUCCGGAGUGCCUUAAUGGUGAAUUUGUUAGAGUUGGUCCAAAUCCAAAGUUUGCUCCGGUUGCUGGAUAUCACUGGUUUGAUGGGGAUGGCAUGAUUCAUGGCUUGCGCAUUAAAGAUGGAAAAGCAACGUAUGUCUCACGUUAUGUGAGGACUUCACGUCUAAAGCAAGAAGAGUUCUUUGGUGGAGCUAAGUUUAUGAAGGUUGGAGAUCUUAAAGGGCUGUUUGGUCUGUUCACAGUUUAUAUGCAAAUGCUCAGAACAAAGCUGAAAGUAUUGGACAUCUCCUAUGGAAAUAGCACAGCUAAUACAGCUCUAGUAUAUCACCAUGGGAAGCUGUUGGCACUUUCAGAGGCUGAUAAACCUUAUGCACUUAAAGUUCUAGAGGAUGGAGAUCUUCAAACACUUGGCAUGCUGGAUUAUGACAAACGAUUGACGCAUUCCUUCACUGCCCAUCCAAAAGUUGAUGCUGUAACUGGUGAGAUGUUUACCUUUGGAUAUGCUCACACCCCACCUUACAUCACUUAUAGGGUUAUAUCCAAGGAUGGAAUUAUGCAGGACCCGGUCCCAAUAACAAUACCAGAGCCUAUCAUGAUGCAUGAUUUUGCUAUUACUGAAAAUUAUGCAAUUAUGAUGGAUCUUCCUUUGUGUUUUCGUCCGAAGGAAAUGGUGAAAAAGAAUAAGCUAGCUUUUACCUUUGAUGCUACUAAAAAAGCUCGAUUUGGAGUCCUUCCACGAUAUGCCAACAAUGAGGCUCUAAUCAGGUGGUUCGAGCUUCCUAAUUGCUUCAUUUUUCACAAUGCCAAUGCUUGGGAGGAGGGAGAUGAAGUCGUGUUGAUUACCUGCCGCCUUGUGAACCCAGACCUAGACAUGGUCAAUGGAGCUGUUAAAGAAAAGCUUGAGAAUUUCUGCAAUGAGCUAUAUGAAAUGAGAUUUAACAUGAAGAGUGGUGCAGCUUCACAGAAGAAAUUAUCGGAGUCUGCUGUUGAUUUUCCAAGGAUCAACGAGAACUACACAGGCAGGAAGCAGCGUUAUGUGUAUGGAACCACUUUGAACAGCAUUGCUAAGGUAACUGGAGUCAUCAAAUUUGAUUUGCAUGCUGAACCAGAGACUGGAAAAUCACAGCUUGAAGUUGGAGGGAAUGUUCAAGGUAUCUUUGAUCUAGGACCUGGCAGAUUUGGUUCGGAGGCUGUAUUUGUUCCCAGUCGGCCUGGUACAGAACGUGAAGAGGAUGAUGGCUACUUGAUAUUCUUCGUUCAUGACGAGAACACCGGAAAGUCAGCUGUGAAUGUAAUUGAUGCAAAAACAAUGUCCGCGGAGCCUGUGGCAGUGGUUGAAUUACCCAAAAGAGUUCCUUAUGGGUUCCAUGCUUUCUUUGUCACAGAGGAACAAAUUCAAGAACAAGCCAAACUGUGAGAGCAAUAGCUACUGGCUAUUUGGUUAUUUAGUUACGCAUAGCUUGAAACGUAAUAAAUGUCCUGUGGAUUGUAUAGUUUGUAACUUUCAGCAUCUUCUUUCAGUUAUAUCAGAAACAAAAUUAAAUCUGUGAACCUUUGCUUUGUCAGGGAAAAUGUAUUGAGAGAGCAAACAUGCAAUGUAUAUCAUAUGUUCUUGCUCACUUGAUAUGUAAUACAAUCCCAGAAAUAUACAUAAAUUUUCUUUGUUAGGA